AUGGGAAACCAAGCCCCACCAACACUCCAGCAGCUUGCAAUAAAAGGGCUACUGAGGGAGGAGGCCUUGGCCAUUUCUGCUCUGGAGGUGAUGCCCUGGAUGCUGCUACCAGCAAUGUUUGAGGUGGCCUUCAAGAACAGACAGACAAAUGUCCUGAGGGCCAUGGUCCCUAUAUGGCCAUUCCCUUGCCUUCCUGUAGGAGCCCUGAUAAAGACCCCCCACCUGGAAACUUUGAAGGCUCUGCUUGAUGGACUAGAUGCCUUUACUACACAGAUGGCUUGCUCCAGAAAGGGGAAAGUCAGAGUGCUGGAUUUGACGACCACAGACACUCACUUCUGGAGCAUAUGGGCUGGAAACUAUGAAGGAGACUGCUCUCAACAGGUCGUGAGACAUGAGCAGCCCAUGGAGACAUGUCAUGACCCAGGGAUGAAGAACAAUUUGAAGGUGGUAACUGACCUCAAACUUGUGGACAACGACACCAAAGAUUAUGCCAAUCACUUGGCGCAGUGGGCCCAGCAGAGAAAAGGUUCCAUUCAUCUAUGCUGUCUGAAGCUUCAGAUUUGGGAAUCAUGCAUCUCCAAUGUCAUAGAGAUCUUAAAAUCUGUAGAUCUCCACUGUAUAAGGGAGCUGCACCUGCGUGAUUUGUGGAUAGACGACAUGGCUGCUUUUGGACCUUACCUGGGGCAAAUGAGAAACCUUCACACUCUAGUCCUAGAAGGCAUCACCAAUACCUUCAGGAUGGAUGAAUCCCAAGGGCUGGAAGAGGAGUGGAUAAGCACAUUGCUCUCUCAGUUCCCCAAAUUCCAUUGCCUACAGCAUCUCUAUAUAAAUGAUAUCUACCUUCUAGUUGGCUGCAUGAGAGAAUGGCUCAGGUCCCUGAAGAAGCCCUUGGAGACCCUAUCCAUUACUUACUGUCACCUCUCCCAGGAAGACUUGGAUCAUCUGCCCCAGUGCCUGAACCUUUCUGAGCUCCGGCAUCUGCACCUGAACUCUGUAUUUUUAGAUGAGUGGCUUGGACCACUUGGACUUCUCCUGGAAAGAGUCAAAGCCACUUUACAAGACCUAGAACUGGAGAAAUGUUGGCUGGAGGAUUCACAAUUCAGGAUGCUCUUGCCUGCCCUGAGCCAAUGCUCCCAGCUCACCAAGGUCAAUUUCAUUGAUAAUAAUCUGUCUCUGCCUCUCCUCAUGCAACUGCUUCACAACAUAGCCAAAUUGAGCAAGCUGACCCAGGAGCUUUACCCUGCACCUCUGGAAUGCUACGACCACAGGGGCCUAGUACUUGUAGAUCAGUUUGACCAACUUUGCCCCGAACUCUUAAGUAUAAUAAUGAGAAAAAGAAAGCCCAGAAAAGUGACUUUUGCUACAAGACAAUGCUAUAAAUGUUUCAAUCAUUCUAUCUAUGAGCUGGAGAGCAGGCAUUGCCUGUGCUGGCAAUAA